AGAGAAGAACAGAGCAUAAACUAAGCGAAAGUAAUGGCUACCUUACAGGAAAGCGCUUCUACUAAAAGAUGGCUUCCCCUCGAAGCUAAUCCUGACGUCAUGAAUCAGUUCCUUUGGGGGCUUGGGAUUCCAGAGAAUGAGGCAGAAUGCUGUGAUGUUUAUGGCUUAGAUGAACAACUUCUGGAAAUGGUUCCAAAGCCUGUUCUUGCAGUGCUUUUUCUUUAUCCCAUAACCACCGAGACUGAAGAAGAGAGGAUGCUACAAGAAAAUGAAAAAAAGGAACAUAGCAGUAGAGUGUAUUUUAUGAAGCAAACUGUGGGUAAUGCUUGUGGAACAAUAGGACUGCUCCAUGCUCUUGGAAACUUAACUUCUGAGGUCAAGCUUGUUGAGGGGUCGUUCUUCGAUAAGUUCUUUAAAUCUACUGCAAGCUUGGAUCCGUUGCAGCGUGCAACAUUUCUUGAGAAUGACCGAGAAAUGGAAGUUGCUCAUUCAGUGGCAGCAACUGCUGGUGAUACAGAGGCAUCAGACAAUGCAGACGCACAUUUCAUAUGCUUUACUUGUGUGGAUGAUGAACUUUAUGAGCUUGAUGGAAGAAAGUGGGGGCCAAUAUCUCAUGGUCCAUCCUCGCCUAGUACUUUGUUGAGGGAUGCAGCUAAAGUAAUACAGAGCAUGAUCCAGAAAAAUCCAGACUCCCUCAACUUCAAUGUCAUUGCCCUGUCAAAGAAAUCCAGGGAUACAUAUUAAGGCAAUUUAGUAUUGUUGGGGUCAUGUUGAAGAAAU